UCAGGUGUGUUCAUCUUACACAGAGGAACGUACCAGGCUAACAGAUGCGCAGACUAACCCGUUUCCUCGUUUUUAUUCAGCUGUUCGAAUGACAAGUAAAAGUGUCACACGCCGGGGAAAGAGAAACUUUAAAGGCCAAGUGAUUUCCACUAACACCCAGGAGUUAGUUUUACCUGAAGUCCGGGGGAUAUGUGUGAGAAACCGGUCUAACGACGACGCUGUUUGGAAUGAAGGGGGGACACUAAUCACCGGUGACUAAACGGCCGCAGCAGGAGCAUCUUCAUCAUUUCUUCAUCAUCAUCCUCCAUCCUCCGUGCUACUGAUGCCUCAUGUCCCUGCUGACGGCUGAAAGCUCAACAUCCUCCAUCUGUUCAUCCCCUCAGAGCUCCACCCCUCCUUUAAAUCGCUCCUCCGCAAGUCAUGAAUCCCUACAGGGACACAAAUCCAUCUGCAUAUUUACCUCCUGAUCCUUAUGACAAUUCCCAUCAUCCAUCUCAGUCCUCCCUGCCCUCUGCUACAGUCGUCCAGACGGGUUUCAGCUCUGUGACACUUUAUGCGGCCUCAUCAAACCAAGAUGGAGGUCAAAACCUUGUCCCAUCACCGUAUUCAGACCGCCCCACCUCAACACUUCCAGCCUCAGAUCCAGGCUCCGUCUUCAGCUCCAGACCUCAGUCCAGCCUACUUCCAGUCCCAUCUCCAACUCAAACCCCAUCUGCUCCCACACUGAACCCUUAUCCUGCCCUCGUCACCCCCCCAUCAAGCCAGGUCUCAGUCAUCACCUUGUCCCCAGACCUCCGCCCGUCCCCUCUCCAACCGCAGUGCUCCGAGGAGAGCUGCCCGGACCUAGAGUGCUCCAUCUGCUUCAGCCAGUUCAACAACGUCUUCCGCUGUCCCAAGAUGCUUCAGUGCAAGCACACGUUCUGCCUAGAGUGCCUGGCGCGCAUGAACGUCAAGUCGGCUGAUCCCAACGCCAUCCAGUGCCCGCUGUGCCGAGGCCUCACCCCCCUCCCCACCCUGGGCCUGCCCCGGCUGGCCACCAACUCUGACAUGCUGUCCUACCUGCCGGCCGCCAUGCAGCGAGUGUACAGCAUCCGCUUUGUGCGCAACAAAGGGAAGUUGCAGGUCAAAAGGUCGACUGAAGGUCACAUGCGCUGGGGUCGCAGGUCACUGACCUCUCUGAGGUCCAUGAACCGCUCACUUGACGUGGGGCUUCCCAGCCCACCUGUCAGGGGCCGCUCAGAGGUGCCCGGCCUGGGCGGAGCUCUGUUCCGACUGACGGGCCGGCCCGUGUGCCGAGCCUUCCUCCUGAUUGCCGUGGUGAUGAUGAUGGUGCUGCUGACCAGCAUCAUCGUCUUCCUCCUCCAUAAAAACAAGGACAGCGGUGAGUGACAUCACAUCCUGUCUUCCUCCUGCUUUUAUAACUGUGUUGGGAAAAAUGUUCUUACAAUUCCACCAUCCUGAGGGAAUUGAAUGCAGUUAGUGAGCAACAUCUGUCUCACUGCUCUGGCAAAAAACAGAAGAACAUUUCAGGCUUUGAGACAACAAGCAACUCCUAACUCUGACAUCUGAAGGAAGGAAGAGCUGCUCCUUCAACACUCACACCUGAGCUGAGACAAUGGACUAUUGUUUUUUUUAAGUGCCACAAGAUCCCAAAAAAAUCACACAACUAUACUCGCCACUCAUAACACAACCACUGAGGUGAUCAUCUUGGAACAUGUUUUGCCGUUAUUAACCUGUGCCAAAAGCUUUAAAUGUUUGUUUAGCUGGACUUGAGCCCUUUCUGUAUGAAGUCCCAGCGUGUCAGUCAGGUAACAGGGGAGGUGGGACAGCACUGCAAAGUGAGAAGCAGCAGACUUUUAUCUUCUUCACAUCACUUUUCUCCAAAAGCCUCAAGUACACACCCAGUUUUGAGGAAAACGCACAAAAUCGUCACUUUUUCAUGUUAGUAUUGCACAUACAGUAAUACAAGAUGGCCAACCUAAAGGUCAUUUGAUGGCAGUGAAGAUAUACACAUGUGUUAGUCUAUAAAAGCAUUAGAUUCAUUGCAGGUUUAUUAUAAUACAAGGUCAAAGUCUAUGGUGGCUGCACAAGUCCUCAUAAAACACUUGAUUCCAACCAUAUCAAAAGAAAUGUGGUAUCACUUGGUUUAUUUCAAACAUACCAUUACUGAUCUGAAACAAUGUACAGUAAUAAUCAUAUGAACAUGUUACCAGGUGGCACCUUCUUCUUCUUCAUAAUCUUAGUUCAUCUGGCAGAUCUCAGCACUGUGUGUGUGUGUGUGGGGUCUUUAACACUCCUUCUACCUCCUGUUGGAGCUGCAGCCCCGCCCCUAGCUCUUAACCAAAUGCUGUAAACGGGAGCCAUGCAAAUCGAGCUGAGCCACAGUUAGUCUGACGCAGAGAGCCGAGGAUUUCCAUGGAUGCUGUGACAUUUAAAAUGUGCAGCUGGAGAGUGUAAAGGGUCAGUUCGACAAAAUAAGUCCUUUUCCAACUAGGAGAUUUCUCUACAUGCAUGCUGGUUUUCGGAGAUUGUAAUCAAUACAAUAGAGGUGAUUUGAAUGUAUUAUAAACCUCAGCGUCUCUCUCUCUUUUAAAGCACAUUUUACAACAGAAAGUAGACUUGUUGCAGUUUAACUCUUUUUAAAUGUUUUUUUUUUUUCAAAACUUCCAGCACAAAAAAUUAAUUCCAUUACCCUUAUUUUAUACCUGAGACACAUAUCUAAAAACCUGUAUGUGAUAUUGUAUGUAUGGUAAGACUUUUAAAAGCCGUAAAUCAUAUUUUACCUGGCCAAUCAAUGGAUCUCGGUGACAAAAUUCUACUUUUUCAAAACAAUCGUGGCCUUAUUCUCAUAAUCUGCUGAGAAUAGAGGGAACUAACCACAAGCGAAACUUUUCCCCAGAACACUUUGACUUGCAAAUAAAAUGUGCCAUCCCAAAAAGUCCUCCAUUAAGAUAUAUCAUGAGGUAAAUAAUGCGAAAGAGGAAUAUGUUUUAAUCAGAUGUUUAUCGUCCUGUGUUUGAACUGUGGCUUCUUCUUUGUGUACUUUGUGUUUUUAGGCUCCGGGCCUGUUUUACUGUGCAAUGUCACAUACAUUAUUAUUUUAUAUAUUUAU